ACUCGGGGAAGUGACGCAUCAGGGGUGGGAACUCCUGUCUUGCUAGUAUGUCUGCGCUGACCCGCCUGGCGCCUUUCGGUCGCGUCGGAGGCCGUCUGCUCCGGGGCUGCCGCGCGCGGGCGGCUGGAGACGGUGGAGUCCGUCAUGCUGGCAGGGCUGUGCACACUCCACCCCGGUACAGGGAGUUUCCUCAUCUUACCCGGUCCCAGGUGAUCCAGGGCGAGAUCUUAAGCUCAUUCAUGUGGUUCUGGAUUCUUUGGCGAUUUUGGCAUGACUCGGAUGCUGUGCUGGGUCACUUUUCAUAUCCAGAUCCUUCACAGUGGACAGAUGAAGAAUUGGGGAUCCCUCCUGAUGAUGAAGACUGAAAGUGUAAACUCUUCUCUGUACAAGUAGGAGCAAGGUGAGACAUUUCAAGAAAUGACAGACCUCAUUAAAGGUGUAAAUUAAAGUGGCUUUCCAAAAACGAG